AUGACGGAUGUUCUCGGCAAUUACUCUCUCACUGCUAUAGAUUCCCUUUCCGCCUUAGGUAUCCUAUCGGUUUCGUCGCCACGUUCUUAUACCUGGUUUUGGGAGACGGUACAAAGAGUUUCGGGAACGUACUGGGGCUAUGGAUUCGACCGGGACUCUAAGGUGCAGGUGUUCGAGACGGUUAUCCGUGGAGUUGGAGGAUUGAUAUCGGGUCACCAGUUUGCCGUAGGAAUGUUACCAAUACCAGGGAAACCCGGAUACAGCCACAAAGGAUGGAAAUACAAUGAUGAACUGUUGCAUUUGGCACAUGAUCUCGCUACCAGGCUACUCCCCGCAUUUACGACAGAUACAGGACUACCAUAUCCAAGAGUUAAUCUUAGGUACGGGUGUGUGAAUUUUCGACCACCGCCAGUCGAUACGGAACACGGAGAAAAGCCCGCAGAUAAAUGCCGGAAGGAUGAAGAAGAGGCCGAAAAGGCCGGGUUCAAGCCGCUAAGAAACGAGCGGACGGAGACAUGUGCAGCUGGAGCUGGAAGCUUAACCUUAGAACUCACCACGUUGACAAGGUUGCUCCAAAAUUACAAAACCAACUUUCCGGAGAGGGUCGAAAUCUUCUUGAGGACAACCCCGCACAUGAAACACAGAUGGGACGAUGUUGAAAUAUUUGAACGGGUCUCACAGCAGGCAUUCUGGGCAGUUUGGGAGAGGCGAAGUUCACUCGACCUCGUCGGAGGUGGCCUGGAUGCUGUCACCGGGGCGUGGGAGCCGCAAAGCGGCUCACUAGCAGGCAUUGGCGCUUCUACAGACUCCUUCUUCGAGUAUGCUAUGAAGACUUACAUUCUUCUCUCGUCAUCUCCUACAGUUUCUGACGCAAAGAACCCUAACCCGCGACUCCCCCAUGAAUACCUCGAUGUUUUUGAAACGUCGGUUGCAGCCAUCAACAAAUACAUGUUAGUUGAGUCGCCUGCAUUCUUUUACCAGGGAGUGCAUAUGGCUACGGGUGAACCAAUGGUUCAGUGGGUUGAUAGCCUGAGCGCGUUUUGGCCCGGCCUGUUAGUCUUAGCUGGCGACGUAGCAACUGCUGAGAGAGCUUGUCUUUUUUAUACGGCUCUCUGGCAAAGGUACCAGGCGUUACCCGAACGAUAUGUGCCUGCGAAACAGUCUAUACAGCUUAACUGGUGGCCUGGUCGACCUGAAUUCGCAGAAAGUGUUUACCACCUAUAUCGUGCGACAAAAGAUGUCUGGUAUCUUCGUGUUGGUGAAAUGAUACUGAGAGAUAUCCAACGACGGUGCUGGGGAAGGUGUGGCUGGGGCGGUUUAGAAGAUGUGAAAAGUGGUAAAGUCUCGGAUCGAAUGGAGAGUUUUCUACUCAGCGAGACUGUGGCGUACUUGUAUCUUCUUUUUGAUGAGGCUCAUCCCUUGCACAAGGGCGACAUACCCUGGGUUUUUACGACAGAAGGCCAUCCUAUAGUUAUGCCAAAGGGCCGCACUCAAAAACAGAAUGAGUUACUCUGGCGUAAAACUCGUUCAAAGACGGAUAAGAAACCUCGCAAAAACGAGGAAACAUGCGAAAACGUAAAAGUGUCGCAUCCGAAUGUGAAAGUUGGUGAACUAUUCUCACGAACAGCUUCAAGAACAGACACUUUCCACUCCUACAACGCAGUCGGGUUGCACCUUCUUCCGGACAACGUCCCACGGGCACCAACUACACUGGUAUUUUUGAACCGAGAAAAUAUCCCAGAGGAAUUUGGGUAUUUCAACGAUAAGGACGAAGAAAACCCGUAUAGGUACAUAACUCCGUAUUCGCCGACGAAUGGAAGCUUCUACCCUUGGACUUUGCCACCACAACUCAUUGAACCAUCAUCAUAUUGCGCGAAGUUGCCUGGUGAAAAUAAGAUUGAUUUGGUGUUCUCGGUUAUACCGGUGAAGAUUGGUGAAAUACCACCGCCAUCUUGGAUUGACAUUAAGGGUGGAGUCUUGAUCAACUCUUUGAGCGGACUACGAAUCGGCUUCUCAAGGGAACUCGUCGAAGGAAGAAUUGAAUACUUCAUCACAAAAAUAGGUGACCGACUGAUUAGACAGGAUGAAGUUGUAGUGAUCGAAAAAAUCAAUAUAGACUCUUUGCAGGUUGAUGGUCAAGCUAGGUUCCGAACUUCAAAGGAUGAAGGUUACGAGGUAAUCUUUGACUUCGAGACAGAACAGAAGCCGCCGACGCCGACGCCGACACCCACAACUGCGAAGGAAGGGUUAAAGGAUAAGAAAGUCGAAAUAAAAAUGGAUGGCAAAGACCUCGACGGCGACAUCUUAAAACGUGUUGAAGAGAUUCUCUGGGAUAGUUUUAAAAAUCAAAUUCACGAAAAAGCGCCCGCUGCCCCGAGGAGGACUCUCACCCCGAAACUGACAUCAAAAGGAAAAGCCGUCAUCCGUCGGCACCUCCACGCCAUCCUGUCUUCAGGCAUAGGGGCUCAAGAAGUACCACCUCUCACGCUCAAAACCCACGCUUUCCUCAAAUCAAUGGAAUACACACCUUCUCCAACACUGCCUUGGCGUUCGGUGUAUGUUGCAGGGCUAGGUUGUGACUAUCCACUCCCUUCUAUUGCAGCCACAUACCCGAUCAUUCUUUUCAAACGCGGUAAAUGCCCGUUUUCACAGAAGAUGAAUAACCUUCCUACGUCAAGUGGAAUCAAACUCGCAAUUGUUGUCAACUUUGAUGAUACUGUGGUUUCGCAUAAACUCUAUGAAGAAGUGGUAGACCUUGACAACGGAGGCGGGGUGAAUGAUUGGGCUGGGUUGAGGGACGAUUAUUUGAUCCGGCCACUACUGGAUAAGUACCAGGUAGACUCGAGAAAUGGACAGAGGAGGAAGAACCCGAUUCCUUUGGUGUUUGUUGGGGGCGGGGAAGCUACUUACGCAGCAUUAAGAGAAGCUAGAGGAGUCGGGCUGAGGGAAAGGUGGAAGGUGAGUUUGGAUGGUAUAGUGGUAGGUAACUUUGUCCCUGUAGUUUAG